AUGAAGGAAGAAGAUAAAGACCAAGAAACUGGACUUGAGUCUCAACUAGCUUCAUGUUUUUCUUCCUCUUGCAAAACUCUUGUUCUUCCUUCUAGGCCUGGCUAUGGAAAACUUGGGACAAAGUGUCUUGUCAAAGCUAAUCACUUUCUUGCAGAUAUAUCAGUAUCUGACUUGAGCCAAUAUGAUGUUGUUAUAACUCCUGAAGUUAACUCUAGAAAAACAAGAAAAUCUAUCAUAGCUGAGUUAGUGAAGCUUCAUCGAAACACUGAGAUGGAAAAGAGACUUCCAGCUUAUGAUGGCUCAAAGACUCUUUACACUUCCGGUCAGCUUCCGUUUACACAGAAAACGUUCGAUAUACUAUUGAGCGAGGAGGAUGAGAGAACUUGUAGUACAAGGGAAAGAAAAUUUGAAGUUCAAAUCAAGUUUGCAGCUCAUGUUAGCAUGCAUCAGUUACAUGAGCUUCUCAGUGGGAAAAAAGUUGAUACUCCACAUGAAGCUCUUAAUGUCAUUAACAUUGUAUUGAAGGAGUUUGCAUCUCAUAGGCUACUCAGAAGUCAGAUGGGAUUAUCACUUAAUGUUGACAUGUCAUCCACGGCGUUUAUCGAACCACUCCCUGUGAUUGACUUUGUAGCUCAAGUAUUAGGAAAACAUGUGCACUUAACGCCAUUGCCAGACGCAGAACGCAUCAAGACUAAGAAAGCCUUAAGAGGUGUGAAAGUAGAAAUUACAUAUAGAGGAAGUGUGAGAAGGAAGUACAAGAUAACAGGAUUGACAUCACAACCUACAAGGGAACUCAUUUUCCCUUUGGAUAAGCAAAUGAACAUGCAAUCAGUAAUUGAUUACUUUCAAGAAAAGUAUGAAUAUACAAUCAUGUAUCCCCAUUUACCUUGCCUUCAAGUAGGAAGCAAAGAGAAGUUGAACUAUUUGCCUAUGGAGGUAUGCAAGAUAGUUGGAGGUCAGAGAUAUUCAAAAGGGCUUAAUGAGAAGCAAAUAACUUCUCUGCUAAAGGUCUCGUGCCAGAGACCACAUGGAAGGGAGGGUGAAAUUCUACAGACGAUUCAUCAAAAUGAUUAUAACUGUAAUCCUUAUGCAAAGGAGUUUGGUAUCAGCAUAGACAACAAGCUUGCAUCAGUUGAGGCUCGGGUCUUUCCUGCUCCUUGGUUGAAAUAUCAUGACACUGGAAGAGAGAACAAAAUCCUGCCACAAAUUGGUCAGUGGAACAUGAAUAACAAGAAAGUUAUAAAUGGAGGCAAAGUAACAAAUUGGGCAUGUAUCAAUUUCUCAAGAAAUGUCCAAGAAAAACUAGCUAAUGCAUUUUGCCAAAACUUAGUUCAGGCGUGCCAAAUAUCAGGCAUGGAAUUUAGUCAGGAACCUGUGAUUCCUGUAUAUUCAUUCAGCAAGACCAGACAUGAGCUCGAGUUGCUCAUUGCUAUUCUUCCUGACAGAAACGGCUCUCUCUAUGGUGAUCUUAAAAAAAUCUGCGAAACAGAUCUCGGGCUGAUUUCCCAAUGUUGUCUUACAAAAUACGUAUUCAAGAUUGGUAGACAGUAUUUGGAAAAUAUAGCAUUCAAGAUCAAUGUCAAGAUGGGAGGAAGGAACAUAGUACUUAUGGAUGCGAUGAGUUCCAAGAUUCCAUUGGAUGUUUGUCCAUCCAUCGCAGCUGUUGUAGCCUCGCAAGAUUGGCCAGGGGUGAGCAAAUAUGCAGGAUUGGUAUCUGCUCAGACUCCUAGCGAGGAACAUAUUCAAGAUCUUUUCAAAUGUUGGAACGAUCCACAGCAUGGGACCGUUUAUGGCAGCAUGAUCAGAGAGCUCUUGCUCUCAUUUAAGAAGGAGGCAGGAAAAAAACCACAUCGGAUAAUAUUUUACAGGGAUGGGAUAUGUCAUCCUACGGAUUUUGAUUUCUACUUGUGCAGUCAUGCAGGAAUUCAGGGUACAAGUAGGGCAGCUCAUUAUCAUGUUAUAUGGGACGACAACAACUUCAGUGCCGAUGAGAUUCAGUCUUUAACUAACAACUUGUGCUACACUUAUGCGAGAUGUACGCGGUCUGUUUCUGUAGUGCCUCCUGUAACGAAUAUCGAGUCGGUCCGGCCACUACCAGCUCUAAAAGAGAAGGUCAAGAAAGUAAUGUUUUACUGUUGA